AUGAGUGCGCAAGCAAAGAAGCGCUACGCCCUCGUGGGCACCGGCGGCCGGUCCGGGUUCUACUACACGGCCAUCGCCAAGGACUAUAGCAGCACCUCUGAGAUCGUUGCGCUCUGUGACACCAACCAGACGCGAAUGAACCAUGCCAAUAGCAAACUCGAGUCCCUGGGCCACGGUAGUGUGCCGACGUACCUGGCGGCCGACUUCGCCAAAAUGAUUGCAGACCACAAGCCGGACGAGGUGAUCAUCACCACCGGGCCGGACAGGACGCAUAAUCUCUAUAUUGUCCGCGCCAUGGAGCUCGGCUGCAAUGUGAUUACCGAGAAGCCAAUGACCAUUGACGCACCGCGCUGCAAGGAGAUCCUGCGAGCAGUAGACCGCACAGGACAGAACGUGCGGGUGACCUUUAACUACCGCUAUGCGCCGCACAACACCAAAAUCUUCGAAGUCAUUCAAUCGGGGGCCAUCGGCAAGGUGACGAGCGUGCACUUCGAGUGGAUGCUCAACACGUCGCACGGGGCUGACUACUUCCGGCGUUGGCACCGCGACAAGCGCAACAGUGGCGGCCUGCUGGUGCACAAAAGCACGCACCACUUUGACCUGGUGAAUUUCUGGCUGCAGACGAGGCCACAGACGGUGUAUGCCCAGGGCGAUCUCAAGUUUUACGGCAGAGAGAACGCCGAGCAGCGCGGGGUGACGGACUUCUACACGCGCGCCCACGGCAGCAAGGCGGCCGAGACAGACCCGUUCGCACUGCAUAUGGAGGGCAAUGCGAACCUGAAGGCCAUGUAUCUGGACGCGGAGCACGAGGACUCGUACUAUCGCGACCAGAGCGUCUUCAGCGACGGCAUCAGCAUCGAGGACACCAUGAACCUGUUGGUGCGGUACAAGAACGGGGCCGUCAUGACGUACUCGCUGACGGCGUAUGCGCCCUGGGAAGGGUUCCGGGUCAGCUUCAAUGGCACCGGCGGUCGUCUCGAGGCAGAGGUCGUGGAGAACAGCUAUGUCAACUCGGGCGGUGACCAGUCGCUCGAGGGGUCGAUGGAGACGAGGAGCAUCCUGCUUCGGCCCCUGUUUGAGAAACCGAGGGAGAUCGAGAUCGAGGAGAGCCAGGGCGCACACGGGGGCGGCGACGCUAUCCUCCUGCAGGACCUGUUUGGCGAGCCUGUGUCGGAUGAGUAUCGCAGGGCGGCAAGCCACAUCGACGGUGCUGCCUCCAUCCUGACUGGCAUUGCAGCCAACCGCUCCAUCUCGACGGGCCAGGUGGUCAAUGUCGAUGAUAUAUUGACGCUGCCUGAGUGA